CCUCCUCCGCGUCCUCGGCGGCCUCCGCUUCCCUGGCGAAGCCGCAGGCGCCCACGAGGGCACAGGCCGGGGGCACCCGGCGGCUGGCCUGGCAGGAGUAGGACGCCGGGAGGAGCUGGGCGCGCACGGUUACCGAGCGUGGAGGAGACACUGCCCUGCGGCGAUGGGUGCCAGGGGCGCUCCUUCACGCCGGAGGCUGGCGGGGCGGCGGCUGCGAUACCUGCCCACCGGGAGCUUUCCCUUUCUCCUCCUCCUGCUGCUGCUCUGCAUCCAGCUCGGGGGAGGACAGAAGAAAAAAGAGAAUCUUUUAGCUGAAAAAGUAGAACAGCUGAUGGAAUGGAGUUCCAGGCGCUCAAUCUUCCGAAUGAAUGGCGAUAAAUUCCGAAAAUUUAUAAAGGCACCACCUCGAAACUAUUCUAUGAUUGUUAUGUUCACUGCUCUUCAGCCUCAACGGCAGUGUUCUGUGUGCAGGCAAGCUAAUGAAGAAUAUCAAAUACUGGCUAACUCCUGGCGCUAUUCGUCUGCUUUCUGUAACAAACUCUUCUUCAGUAUGGUGGACUAUGAUGAGGGGACAGAUGUUUUUCAACAGCUCAACAUGAACUCUGCUCCCACGUUCAUGCAUUUUCCUCCAAAAGGGAGACCCAAGAGAGCUGAUACUUUUGACCUUCAAAGAAUUGGAUUUGCAGCUGAACAACUAGCAAAGUGGAUUGCUGACAGAACGGAUGUUCAUAUUCGAGUCUUUAGACCACCCAACUACUCCGGCACCAUUGCUUUGGCCCUGUUAGUGUCACUUGUUGGCGGUUUGCUCUAUUUAAGAAGAAACAACUUGGAAUUCAUCUAUAACAAGACUGGUUGGGCCAUGGUGUCUCUGUGUAUAGUCUUUGCUAUGACUUCUGGCCAGAUGUGGAAUCAUAUCCGUGGACCUCCGUAUGCUCAUAAGAACCCACACAAUGGACAAGUGAGCUACAUUCAUGGAAGCAGCCAGGCUCAGUUCGUGGCAGAGUCACACAUUAUUCUGGUAUUAAAUGCUGCUAUCACCAUGGGGAUGGUUCUUCUAAAUGAAGCAGCAACAUCCAAGGGAGAUGUUGGAAAAAGACGGAUAAUUUGCCUAGUGGGAUUAGGCCUGGUGGUCUUCUUCUUCAGUUUUCUACUUUCAAUAUUUCGUUCCAAAUACCAUGGCUAUCCUUACAGUGAUCUGGACUGAGUGAGAAGAUAUGAUUUGGACCAUGGCACUUUAAAACUGUAACCUCAGCUUUUUAAUUAAAUGAAGCCAAGUGGGAUUUGCAUAAAGUGAAUGUUUACCAUGAAGAUAAAGUGUUCCUGAGAUAUAUUUUGAAUUCUUGAGUUCAUUUCCACAUUGUGAUAAUCUAGCUUAUUCUUGUGUAAUUUUUUUUAAAUGUGAGUUUUCCUGGUAAAUUUAAGUUACGGAAGUAGAUGGUUCAAUUUCAUAUUAGCACUGGAAAGAACAAAGGAGACGUUGAAAUGUUUUCGAGCAUAUUAUAGUCAGCGUAUGCCUUAGGACUGAAAUAAAUGACAAUGUAAUUAUCAAUUCAUGUGUUAGAACUGUUCACUCAUUAGUAAGGAAAACCACAAUGUUAGUAAGAGGAAACUAUGAAAUAUAUGUUAAAGAAUCCUUAAGGUUGUACAGAGAUAAGGUGUAUGCAUGAAAAUGUCACAGUGAAACUCUACUCUUUGUCACUUCAGUAUAAAGGAUACGUGUAUGAUUACAAAUAAUGUUUUGUUCUUAUUAAUCAUAAUUAGAUAAAGAGGGAGCUGGAUGAAUAGUGCCUGUAACUGGAAGCCUAACCUGGGAAGUGGAGGUUUUUUCCUAAGAUACAAAUUUUAAAGCAAACAGGACCAAAUCAACAAGCUUGAAGGCAUCAGAUGAGGGAAGCCUCCCGCCCAAACUAGACAUUAAUUCCUCUCUGACUUUAGAGCUGUCAGACGUCAGAGCAGUCCUUCUCUCAUUUCACUUCCGGGACGAGUUCUCAGAGCUGACUGGUUGCUGAAAUGCUACCGUUUUAAAAUUUAGAUGUUAAGUUGAAACCCUCUUUAGUUUUAAAUACAUCUUCAGCUAGAGCACUGUGAUAGACUCACUGAGAAUUCUUUCUGUAGGGGUGGGGCGCAACGGGCUUCCCUAGCCUUCUCUGCUUUUCCCAAGACAUGGAAACUUCCCAGCAGUGUGGAUGAACCUGGAAUCAGAGAAGUCUGGUUAUGUACCUGCUGGGCCCCAGAGUUUGGGGGAAUUAGUCAUACUUUUUCUCUGUCUUCCCUCUUUGGAAAGUGUAAAAUGAAACCAAAAUUAGACUAUAAAAAAAGGAAAAAUCCAGGAAUCCAGACUUAGAACUACAAAACUAACCCAGUGUGGCCAUUUUCCCUAUGUUCCAUGGUAAAAGUUUGCAAUUACAACUUGGUUCCCUGAAUCCAGAUAGCUAGAGAGCAGUCAUCCUGUACAUGGGUGACUCAGUGAAGCUUUCUAUUAUGUUUGUAUGUCCUCUUUUAAUUUAUAAAGCGCUUUGGUAGAUUUUUUUUUUUUUUUCUUUACAACAACCCUGUAAAGUAGACAGGAAUAUAAAUUUUGUCUGACUUACAAAAGCACUAGAAGCUGAAAGCUGCAAAGAAUAGAAAAACAGAGCCUGUAACCGGGCUUUCAAACUUUCAAACCUGAAUUUUUAUUUUCUGUGGUGCUAAACAGUUGAGAAACACAAUCAGCUCAAUCAACUUUCUUCUUUUUUUUUUUUUUUUUAAGAUUUUGUCAUCUAAUUUUCAUUAAGAUCCAAAUAAUAGACCAUGGAGAACUUUGUUGGUUAGGAGUUUCAGGCACACAGUUUCAAACAGGGACCAGGUGUACAUCCACUGAAUUUACUUAUUUUGUACCUUUAUGAAAUUAAUAAAGAAUGGGAAAUAUCAAAGCCUAUAGGGGCAUAUGAAGCUAAAUUCCAGGGCAGUAUGUGUGCUAGCAGGAAGCUGUCUUGUCAAAACAUGAUAUGCAGUGAAAAUUGCAUAGUAAUUCAGAACUAUAUUCACCUUACUACAUAUUCCCAAAUCUGUUAUUAAAAAGCACAUUAGGUCCCCUAGUUCCUGUUCAAAGAUUGAUAGGUUUAGUACUGAAAUGUCACUUAUGGAAAAGCAUUAAAUGAUCAUGAUCAUUUAUUUAAUGCCUAUCCCUACGUAGCACUUGACAUGUACAUGUAACUCCAUUGAGUAUUUUUACAGUUUCUAAGAUUCUUUGAGAAAAGACAUGCAAUUGAAGUUUGAGACCAGAUUUUACAUGUAAACAUAUCUUUAUUAUAAUUACGUUGGUCUGUCCCCUUAAGGCUGAGAGUUCUUAUUAAACAACAUACAUCUAGUCUCUAUAAAGCUUAACAUAGUGUUCAGUCGUGACCAAAGUCAGACAAUGGCCCAGGUAAGGGAACUUCCCUAUCCCAGAUUAGUAAAAGUUUUCUAGCCUAUAUUAUGUAAUUUCCUCUCAACAUUAAUUUUAUGUCAACUAUAAAGACAAUUUUUUUUUUUUUAGCAUUUUAUAGCUUACAAAGUUGUUGCUUUUCUAGACUGUUGUUGCAUUAGGGAAGUGAUUCUAGAAGGAAAUAAACUGCCUCAAGACAAGUUGUUACUGGAAAGUGCUACAGGCAGAAACUACAAAGAGUGGUUCAAAUGGAGUUUGCUUUCAGAAGUUUGCAUGUGGAAAACCACACAUGUGAUAUACGCUACCUUUACCUUUGCCAAACAAUUCACAUUGAAAAAUUAAUUUGUAUCUACUAUGCUAUAUCCUCCAGCGUCACUUUUCAACCCUAUUUGCUGUUUUGAAGACUCCCUUAAAAACUGGUAUGUUUCACCGUCUCCAGUUAGAAUAAAAAGAAUGGCUUUCCUACUUAGAAUAAAAAAAUCUUAACAUAAAGUUCCAUCUAAAGGAGUUUAAUUUCUAACAUCUGAUGAAUAAAAUGUUGCAUUUUG